AUGAAGUGGCUUUGGACUAAUACCACUAAAGUAGGAUUUGGCUCUAAUGUUGUUCAAGAACAUCUUAAGGAUUUUGUCACUAAAAAGUCUCGUAUUUUGUGCACAUUUGGCGGCGGAUCAAUCGAAAAAAAUGGAGCUCGUUCCGAUGUUGAAAAAGCAUUAUCAGAACUUGAAUGUGAGGUAAAAUGGGAAGGUGGAAUUCAGCCAAAUCCAAGAUAUGUAAAAUGUUUAGAAAUCAUAAAAAUCGUUAGGGAAUAUAAGCCAGAUCUUAUUCUUGCUGUUGGUGGUGGAUCUGUUAUUGAUGCCACAAAGUUUAUUGCAGCAGCUGCAUGCUUAGAUGAAUUCGUUGUGCCCUGGGAUAUUAUUUCUAAGGGUGCUUAUGCCAAAACUGCAGUUCCAUUCGGAACAGUAUUAACUAUUCCAGCCACAGGAUCUGAAUGGAAUAAUGGAUAUGCAAUUCAAAGAGAUGAUAUCCAAGAGAAAAAUAAUUCUGGUUCCCAGCUUGUUUAUCCUCAGUUCUCUUUGAUUGAUCCGAGAUAUACUAUGACUUUACCUGCAAGACAAUUGAGAAAUGGCCUCUUUGAUGCUAUGAUGCACUGUACUGAUCAAGUGAUCACAAGUGAAUCAGCUCCAAUGUCAGAUAACUUCUAUUACUCUAUUAUGAGAGAACUUGUUGAUAUCAGUGAUGGCUUAAUGAAGCCAAAUUCAUCAUUAGAACUCCAUGAAAGACUUAUAACAGCUGCAUCUUUUGCUCAAAACCAUAUUUUCACUUAUGCAAAGCGGCCAAACUGGGAAUGUCAUUUAGUAGCACAACCACUUACUCCUAUGUAUGGCAUUGACCAUGCAGCUACAUUAUCAAUUGUUGCACCUGUUCUCUACGAAAAAGUGAAGAAAGGAAGAAUCCAAACAAUGGCAAGAGCUGCUGAACGUGUUUUUGACGUUCGCAGCGGAACUGAUGAAGAAAAAGCUGAUAAGUUUGUCGAAUCUCUUCGUAAUUGGGCUGUUAAACUUGGAAUGCCACUGAAAGUAUCCGAUUGCGAAUAUGCAACAAAGAUUAACCCAGGAGAUGUUCAAAUUCUCACUCAAAAAGUCAAAGAUUUGACGCAUAGCUUUCCAUACAGAUUCAAUGAUGAGCUAACUGAAACAGUUGUUGAAGAAAUUUUCAAUGAAGUUGAUAAAUAA